UGUGCGAGUGUCAGACAUUUCCACUUUUAUACUUUGUAAGAUGACAACUGUAAACGAAGCACAGAUGAAGCUGUUUGCUGAUCUGGAAAUUGAAAUGACUGCAGAUAUGUAUAACAAGAUGACGGCAUGUUGUCUACAGAAGUGUAUACCCCCCAAAUACAAGGAAGCAGAACUCUCUAAAGGAGAGGCCGUGUGUCUCGACAGGUGUGUGGCUAAGUACAUGGAAAUCCACGACAGAAUCGGCAAAAAAUUAACCUCCCUGUCACAGGAGGACGAGGCUAAAGUCAAACAAAUGCAGGCCCAUCUCCAACAAACAUCCUGAAAUGUUCUCACGUUGUGUGGGCCAUUAUUAUCUGUGUUGUGAUUGAGUGGUACUUGUAUGUGUCAGUACAAUUUGAAGUGAAACAUAUGAUAAUGACUUUUAAUGUCAUUCAAAAUGUAUAUAAGAGUAAAAGGAACUGAAUAAAUGUACCGUGAAUGCAAAUUAAUAUUGAAUUUUACUAGAAAUAAUACACUUUAGUUUGUUAUGACAUAUAUGUAUUAUAAAAAUAGGAAAUAUAGAAUAAAAUAGAAAAAAACAUUUGUACAUUUUGUUGUUCAAGAUUAUUAAAACUUACAUGUAGGUAAUCAAAGUAAGCCCAUUCAUUACAUGUAAUUUUAGCACUACUUGUAUAGGCCUUUCAUUAAUUAAGGACAUAUGCAACGUAAUUUGAACUCUGUUGUCUUUUUCUUUGGAGUUGAAGAGUUCCAAUACUUAAAGGAACUGUGUGCUACAUUUUAAUGUCUAUAUAUGCUAUUGUACACUUCUUCUAAAACAAGUUUGGAUAAACAAAACAUCUAGAAUAUAUGUUUAGUAAUUUUUGUAUAUUUUUCUUUGAAUUAUAUAAGAAUUUUCA